AUGAAGGACUUCCCGAAUGGAGUCUUCAUUGUGUUCAUCUUAUUGGUGGGAAGUCAAAGUUGUUUUGCCUUAUUCGACGGCAUAUUGAACGAAGAUGGAAGGUUAAAUUUCACCCAAAUCGCGGCAAAGUAUGGGUUCCCGAAUGCAGUGACCAAGGACGUGGUGACCGUAGAUGGCUACAUUCUGGCGCUGCACCACAUCCCGGGCAACGCCAGCCGGCCGGUGCUGCUGGUGCACGGCAACACGGCCGACGCCAGCUGCUGGAUCAUCCGCGGCAACGACUCCCUGGCCAUCAACCUCGCCAGGAGAGGCUACGACGUGUGGGCGAUCAACUCCAGGGGCACCACUUUGUCGAAGCGGCACCUUUAUUUAAAUCCUAACCUGCAGAUGAGGGAGUUCUACAACUACACAUUUUACGAGCAGGGUGUUUAUGACAUGCCAGCCACAAUAGAUUAUAUCUUAAAUGAGACCAAUCAGAGCAGUCUGCUCGCCAUCGGGCACUCUGUCGGAACUACGAAUUUUUACGUGUUGGGGUCCGUCAAACCUGAGUAUAACGCCAAAAUCAGGGCGUUCAUAUCUCUGGCGCCCAUUAGCUUCAUACAGCAUUUGAGAGGACUCGCAACGGUUGGGUCUUUGUUAGGAAACACAUUGACAAGCAUAGGGUUGCUGGUCGGUGUCAACGAAGUAGCAGGUCGAAAUCAAGUUACAAGUGGUUUGUUCAACGCCACGUGCCUUGUUGGGCCUCUCCGGUACACGCUCUGCGUCGAGGGAGUUAUAUUCCCGCUGUUCGGUCCGGAUGAGCAAGGAUUCGAACGUGACUUCAUCCGCACAUUUUUCGGGCAUUAUCCUGAAGGCAGCAGCAGAAAGUUGUUUGACCAUUUGGUACAAAUAAUAGAUCGAAACAAGUUUGCGAGAUAUGAUUACGGUUCGAAAGGCAACAAGGUGGCGUACGGGACGACCGAGCCCCCGGAGUUCGACCUGAGCCAGGUGAGCAUGAACAUGGCGCUGCUGGUGGGCAGCAACGACUACCUGGCGACGGUGCUGGACGCCGAGCGCCUGCGCGACGCGCUGCCCAACGUCGUGCACUACCAAGUCAUGCCCUACGAAGAUUUCAAUCAUUUUGACUUUGUUUGGGGCCGCGAAAUGCCCACCAAUUUGUUUCCGUAUCUUUUACCGCUUGUAGAAGAAUACAUAUAA